GUCAGCCCAGAGAGCAUCACUUUUAUGACAGUGAAGAAACCAAUGUAGGUGUUCUUGGAUGAAUUUAAGCAUCAGAGGAGACCUGGAUGACAAAUUUACAUGAGUGAAUAACAUUUCAGCAAUGCUGAAGUUCCAAGAGACUGCUAAGUGUGGGAAUCGAUCAGCAGAUGUUCCCGUUCAUCCACAGGCCUUGAUUGCCAGAAGAUAUGUACUUCAACGGAAACUGGGCAGUGGGAGCUUCGGAACUGUCUAUCUGGUUUCAGACAAGAAGGCCAAACGAGGAGAGGAACUAAAGGUAUUGAAGGAAAUCUCUUUUGGAGAACUAAACCCAAACGAGACCAUCCAGGCCAGUUUGGAAGCCAAGCUCCUUUCCAAGCUAGACCAUCCAGCCAUUGUCAAGUUCCACGCAAGCUUUGUGGAGAAAGCUAAUUUCUGCAUCAUCACAGAAUACUGCGAGGGUCGAGAUCUGGACUAUAAAAUUCAGGAAUAUAAAGAAGCUGGUAAAGUCUUUCCAGAAAAUCAGGUAGUAGAAUGGUUCAUCCAGCUGCUGCUAGGAGUAGACUACAUGCAUGAGAGGAGAAUACUACAUCGAGACUUGAAGUCAAAGAAUAUAUUUCUGAAAAAUAACCUCCUUAAAAUUGGGGACUUUGGAGUUUCUCGGCUCCUGAUGGGCUCCUGUGACCUGGCCACAACUCUAACCGGAACCCCCCAUUACAUGAGUCCUGAGGCCCUGACACACCAAGGCUACGACACCAAGUCCGACAUCUGGUCAUUGGCAUGCAUUUUAUACGAGAUAUGUUGCCUCAGUCACGCAUUUACUGGCUCCAAUUUCUUGUCUAUCAUCUUAAAAAUUGUGGAAGGAGACACCCCUUCUCUCCCUGAGAGAUACCCAAGGGAACUCAACUCCAUCAUGGAAAGCAUGUUGAACAAGAGUCCUUCGUUGAGACCAUCUGCUAUAGAAAUUUUAAAAGUUCCUUACAUCGAUGAGUAUUUACAGCACCUGCUGUGCCGAUAUUCUGAAAUGACUCAAGAAGACAUGCCUGUGGAUUGUCAGAAGGAGGCUGAUCGGAUAGUUAGUGCCUUGCAAAAAAAGAUCCACCUGCAGAUUCCCCAGGAACUGUCUGACGUGCAGAAAAUGACGCUCAGAGAGAGGAUGAGGCCAAGGAAGUUCCAGGCAGCCCAUGAGAAAGCCAGGAAGCUGAAGAAGAUUGUGGAAGAAAAUAACAAGCAGAUGCAGGAAUUGCGGCCCUGGAACUCUGAGCAGCUGAGCAUUGAUGUAAUUGGCGAAGGAAAACCCUUUAUGGGAAAGGAGGAAAAAGAGGAGCAGCCUGAAGGAAGACUUUCUUGUUCAUCCCAGGAGAAGGGUGAAGAGAGACAGCCAGCCUGGGAAGAGACUUUCCUGCAGCAAGUCCUGAGCCUCUUGUUGGUGCUUAGAGAAAAGUCUGACCUUGAGAAGUUGUGCUUGGCUGACCCGUAA